CAUUUUGUCCUGCGGUGGCUGGGUAUUUAGAGCGAGCCGCGGGGGCAGUGGCGGAGCGGCGGGCGACCCAAGCGAGAGGCGGAGGGACUCAGCAGCGGGCGCCACUUCGCAAGCCCCCCUUCCACCGCGCGAAGGAAAAGAGAAACUGCAAGCGCACAGCCCCCCAAAAAAGAAGCGCCGUUCCGCCAUUUUUCCUGUGCAAACCGGCUCUUCCCGGGACGUUCCGUUGCAGGAGGCGAGGAGGAGGAGGCGCUGCCCGGUCCUUCUCCCUGAGCCGCGCUCGGUAGCCUCGUAGCCGCCCUCUCCUCCCCUUUCUUCUCUUUUUUUUUUCCUCUCCCCUUCCUCCCCCCUCGCCUUCCUCGUCGCCCGGCUCGGCCAUGGCCUCUCCUCCGGAAUACGCCUCUUUCUUCGCCGUCAUGGGCGCCUCGGCUGCCAUGGUCUUCAGCGCCUUGGGAGCUGCCUAUGGGACAGCGAAGAGCGGGACGGGUAUCGCAGCCAUGUCUGUCAUGCGGCCAGAGCUGAUCAUGAAGUCCAUCAUCCCUGUGGUCAUGGCGGGCAUUAUAGCAAUCUACGGCCUGGUAGUGGCAGUUCUUAUCGCCAACUCCCUCACAGAUACCAUCACGCUAUACAAGAGCUUCCUUCAGCUGGGUGCCGGUCUGAGCGUGGGCCUGAGCGGUCUGGCCGCCGGCUUUGCCAUCGGCAUUGUGGGCGACGCAGGCGUACGGGGGACGGCGCAGCAGCCCAGGUUAUUUGUGGGCAUGAUCCUGAUCCUGAUUUUCGCCGAAGUCUUGGGUCUCUACGGCCUCAUCGUUGCCCUUAUUCUUUCCACAAAGUAAAAAAGAAAAAAAUUAAUUUAACAGCGCCACAGAAUAAGAUGCGUGUAAAAAAAGAAAAAUAUCGGAAAAGAAAAACCCAGCUCCGGAAUGAAAGGGGUCUCUUUCUCUCUCCACACCACGUGUACAGUCGUCGUCAUCAGUUUGGUAGUUGACCUCUUGUAAAUGCGCAAUGUAUGUUAGUGACUCGUCCGUCCUGUGUGUAACUUCAAUAUUAAAAACCAACCCACCCACCCGGAUGAGCUCCCCUCCAGCCUUCUGCAGGAGACUCGAGGGGCGCUCAUGUGCAAUUUUCCAUCCAUUUUGCCAUUAGAGUACUUUAUGUAUAAAUAUGAACUAGAACUGUAAUUCUCUCUCUCUCUCUCUCUCUUCACUGGAUGUUUUAUUUAUAAGACUUGACAUGUUCAUACAUAAUGGAGCAACAGUUCCCAAUUUCCCAUGCGCUCUCUAUAUUAAUCUCAUAUAUAGGUAGAUAAUACACUGUGGGGUUAAUUGUUUAAGUGCAGAGAAAAAAAAAAUCCUUGGGUGUAACUUGAUUCUCAAGAUUGCUGUCGUGUCCUGGUAUUGGAGUGUGAGACUGUUCCGUGUUUAUACAGAUAACAGCAAAACUGUCUGAGGCACUCCUGUGUUCCCAGUAGUUGAAAAAA